AUGCGACUCCUCGCAGCCAGACUUUCACUGGCAAAACUACCGUUCCCAAGCCAUGGAAUAACCAGCUUUCGGUUAUUCUCCAGCACCCAAAUCCAUAAUGACCUAACGCCCUUCACGCGCCGCCUCUUCAAACUCCCCUCCGCACCACCUCCGCCCUCCCAACACCACAACAGCCUCUCCCAAUUCCUCACCUAUGCCACCCGAAUUUCGCUUCCAGAAACCAGCACAGUCUACGUAGGCACCCACUACGAGUACACAGUCCUCCAAAGCCUCCGCCGGUACGCAUUCGCACUCCACCGCAUCGGCGGCCGCGACGAUGCCGGGAUCGACCUAGUAGGCACCUGGCACCCGCCCACACACGAGGGCUCACGCGCGCUCCGCGUCCUAGUGCAAUGCAAAGCGCUAAAGGCCAAGCUGGGCCCGAACCUGGUGCGCGAGCUCGAAGGCACGCUCCGGCAAGCACCGGUGGGCUGGCGCACGGGCCAGACGGUGGGUGUGCUGGUCAGCCCGCGCGAGGCAACCAAGGGCGUGCGGGAUGCAUUAGCGCGAAGCUCGUUCCCGUUGUUCUGGAUGAUGGUUGAGCGGGAUGGGACACUGCGGCAGGCGCUUUGGAAUUCGAAAGCGGAGGGACUGGGCUUGGGGGCUCUUGGGAUUGAGACGAGAUAUGCAGCUGCGGCUGCUGGGGGCUCUGCGGAGCUGUCAAAGGAGGUUGCGCUCACGUGGGAUGGAUGUGAUAUCCCGGAUAUGGAUGCUGUGGAGCAUUGCUUGCUUCGGCAGGAGGAGGGGUGGGUUAAGGCUUGGGGGCAGGAGUUGGAACAUGUUGAGAAGAGUGUGCUCUUGGAUACUGUUGAGCAGGUCUUCCCGGAUGGUUCUCCUUGUGGAGGGCUAGAUGGGACUUUGGCGCAGGAAGACCGGACGAAGGUGCUUCAGGUCUUGCGGGGUCGUUGA